AUGACGGAUGGAUUCGUAGGAGAGCGGACUGACACAGCCAGGCCUAAAAUCCUCUGUCAGGAUUGGAUACCACCCUCUCCAGCGCCGCCCACCUCCGUCAACACCGCCCUUAAGAUGACCAUCCAGGGACGCUUCAGGGCUCAAGGCCACCAGGACCUGAGAUCAAUAGUUUCUGAGAACCCCCCCUCUCCCAUCUCAGAAUCUAGAGAUUUGCUAUAUAAAUCAAGACCAGGACCACCAGACCACGACCACAGAUCCCGACCACCAGACCAGGACCACCAGAUUCAGGACCACAGAUCACGACCACCAGAUGGAAGCCUGAACCAGGACCACCAGACCGCGACCACCAGAUCCCGGCCACAGACCAGGACCACCAGACCACGACCACCAGAUCACAACCACCAGGUCACGGCCACUAGACCACGACCACUAGACCACGACCACCAGACCUCGACCACCAUCCCACGAUCCCAGACCGUGAUUCUCAGACCACGACCACUGCACCACGACCACUUGACCACAACCACCAGAUCACGACCACCAGACCACGACUACCAGACCACUACCACUAGACUAAGACGACUAGAUCACGAAAAACCUGACCACGACCACCAGACCACGACCACUAGAUCACGACCACCAGAUCACAACCACCAGAACACAACCAUCAGACCUCGACCCCCAGACCACGACCACUAG